AUGGCAAACAUUGUUCUUGGAGUCGGCAGUGGGAUAUUUGUCAUAGCGGUUGUUUGGAUUGCAGCACUAGUACUUUGUGCCCUGUUAUUUAAGGCCUCUGGUCCAGCCAGAUUCCUUGGAAUUUUAGCUGUCCUGUGUGCUCUCAUUAUUACACUUGUCCUGGUGUUCUUCCCUCGGACGUCACAGAGUUCUACAACUGUAACAGAAGCUGUGAUUGUGGACACAUUCUUCAUUGGGCGCUACUUCCUUUUGUCUGUACUGGGAGUAAUUUUUCUGGUGAGCCUCUUGUUGGUGCUGACUCAGCACAGCCUGGAACCUAUCUAUGCCAGACCAGUGCGACCACACUAACUGCAGCCUACAGAUAAAGAUAUGAUCUUCCUGUGAGUCCUGAAGUUGUCCCUUUGGAUUAUUUCUUUGAAUGAACUUAAAACAUUACUGUUCAGCAGUGAGGACUGCUUCAGCUAGACUUGAUAAGGCUGAUUUGUAAAUGACGACUGUGGAUUUCAAGAUUCUUGCUACAAAAGUGGUUCAUGUUAAUUUUUUAUACAACACCUCUUUGAAAGAGUUCUGAGACAAAAUCUAUUUAGCAGCAGCAGGAGUGUGAUACAAGACUCCUAGACUUUUUGGUGCAAAAGUCUUAUCCUGAAUUGUCAAGGUCAAGUAUUGUAUUCUCACUGUAAAGCUAUCUCCUAGGGAGACGUGGCAUUUUUCUCCACCGCAUACCCAUUCCUCUAUUGUUACAAAAUGGUGACCAUUACUUAUUGGAAUAUGCUGACAUCUGAGUAUUUCUGUAUCAUUUUGCACAGACUUUGUUGGUCUUUCUUCAUGCACUUGUGUUCGGUGUCGAUAUCUCAUUUCUUGCGUUACUGUUUGUACUUUUAUUUGUUAAUGAGAUGUAAGAACUGUUGAUACAGUGGUACCAAAGCGCAGUGAACUAUUGAUAUGUCGUAGCAAAGUACAAUAUAUCACCAUGAUGUAAACCAUGGCUCUCCAGAGCUGUAUUUUAACAUGGCAGGUAUUGAGAAGAGGUAGAAAAUGGUUGCCGGAUCAAAAGACUGUAAAACCUGUGCUUUUAGGUUGUUAAAGGGUCUAUGUUCAGCCAUCGAAUGGCAUGUUCAUCGAUUGGCCAUUCAUCGAACACAAACCCUUGAACAUCCUUUUCAACGAAAACGCACAUUGUCAUUAAAAAAACAUUGAGCAGAAAAUAAACAACAGACAUAUAUUUGUAGGAAAGUUAGGGAUAAGGAAACUUUCCCUUUCCCUACUGUAAUGCGAAUAAUUAGGGGGGUGGGGUAUGCAGCCCUGAUAUUAGGAGGUUGAAUCCUCCUAAUGUGGGUGGCUGUGCCCCCACACCCCCCAGUGUGGUGCUGCACACCCCACACCCCCAAAUUUUAUAUACCAACUCCGAGAUCGCACUACAGUGGGGAAAGGAAAAGUUUCCUUAUCCCUACCUACAAGUACGUACAUGCUGUUUACUCCCUGUUGGCCAGUUAUGGCCAUUUAAUUUUUUUUUUUUUUCAGAUGAUGUGCCUGCUCGAGGAAUGUGCCAUUUGAUGGAUGAACAUAGACCCUUUGCUAACACAGUAAAUGCAUUAAACAAUACGUGCGUGCACGCUUUCUCGCUUACACACACACAAUAUUUUUUUAUUUUUUUUAAUAUUUAAGGAAAGUUGAAGCAGGUGGUUAGUGAGAUAGUCUGGUUAAGAAAUGCCAGUUAUUUAAUAUUGUAUGUCAGACCACUCUUCUGAGAGUCUGCUUUGUCAGGAAAUUAUUGCUAUUGUUUGGAGUUACAAUAUGUUUAAGUCUAUAAUUUGCUUCUCUCAACUUAAAACACAUUUUCUACAUGUUUUCUAUUCCCAUAUAAAUAAAAAGAAACUUGUUCAAAUA